AUGCUAUCUACCUCCCGCUCAUUUCUCAAAUUUCAUUGACCUCGAUCAAGCAGCCGGCCGGCGACGAUGCAGAGAUUGGUGAGAGUCCUGAGACCAAUUGCGGUUGCAUCACAACGAACAACAGCUGCCGCUUCCUUCUCAACCUCUUUGCUAUUCGAUGAAACUCAAAUAAGGUUCAAAGAAGGUCUUCAGCAAUUCGUCCAAGAGAAGAUUGCUCCUCAUGCAGACAAAAUCGACAAAAUGGAUUCAUUCCCAGAGGAUGUGAACUUAUGGAAAGCAAUGGGGGACUUUGAUCUUCAUGGACUUACAGCUCCAGCGGAAUAUGGAGGACUCGAUGUUGGUUAUCUAUAUCAUUGCAUGGCCAUGGAGGAGAUUAGCCGUGCAUCAGCGUCAGUUGGGUUAUCUUAUGGCGUCCAUUCUAACGUCUGCCUUAAUCAAUUGGUGAGACAUGGAAAUGCUGCCCAGAAAGAAAAAUAUUUGCCAAAGCUAAUCAGCGGGGAUCAUGUAGGAGCUCUUUCAAUCAGUGAGCCAAAUGCUGGGUCAGAUGCUGUUGGCAUCAAAUGUAAAGCCGAUCGUGUUGAUGGUGGAUAUGUUAUUAAUGGCAACAAGAUGUGGUGCACCAAUGGCGGAAUUGCCGACACCCUGGUAGUUUACGCUAAAACAGAUGUUUCAGCUGGGUCAAAAGGGAUAACGGCGUUUAUCGUUGAAAAAGGAUCACCUGGAUUCAUCGCUGCCCAGAAACUAGAUAAACUUGGAAUGCGUGGAAGUGGUACGUAUGAGCUUGUUUUUGAGAAUUGUUUCGUUCCUACAGAGAAUAUACUUGGUGAAGUAGGAAAAGGAGUUUAUAUCAUGAUGUCCGGAUUAGAUCUAGAAAGAAUCGUAUUUGCAGCUGCACCUAUCGGGAUCAUGCAGGCAUGUCUAGAUGUUGUUCUUCCAUAUGUCAGACAAAGAGAACAAUUCGGACGCCCCAUUGGAGAGUUUCAAUUAAUGGAGGGAAAGCUUGCAGACAUGUAUGUUGCUUUGCAGUCUUCAAGAUCAUAUGUAUAUUCAGUUGCAAGGGAUUGUGACAAUGGAAACAUCGUCACAAAGGAUUGUGCUGGAGCGAUACUUGUUGCUGCUGAGAGUGCUACACAAGUUGCUCUUCAGGCGAUUCAAUGUCUGGGUGGAAAUGGGUAUGUGAAUGAGUAUCCGACUGGUCGAUUUCUUCGUGAUGCCAAAUUAUAUGAGAUCGGUGCCGGAACAAGUGAGAUUAGAAGAAUGCUUAUCGGUCGUCAACUCUUUAGAGAACAAUGAUACGAAUUUGACUUUUCAUUAAUAUUUUAUUCAAACACGUUGUACACUUAAUUGUACUUGUCCUCAAUCUCGAUAAGAUUAUAAGAGUUAAAAAGGGAAA